UCUUACUGUUUACAUGCUUUCCCAUGAGUCCACAGAACAGCCAAAGCUUGUGGGUACUUUUUCCUCCCCGUUUUCAGGAUAGGUAAACUGAGGCUCAGGGUCAUGAACCUUUUAAGUGACAUAGUAGGUGGCUCCUUAUCCCCUAGAGAAACAUCUCUGGUUGGCUGGACCUGCUAUAGCCACUUAGGCAGAGGGUUUCAGGAUUGCCUGGAUGAAAUGUCUCAGGUGGAAUGGUGUACCUGCAUCUGGUUGGGAGAGCUCCAGUCUCAGUAUCCCUUUUUGUAAAGCCUUUGCUGAGGUGCCCGGUAAGGUCCACGGAAGGCAUUCGGCAGUAUCCCUUGAGCAAGAAUGAGUUCUGAUGGGGGGUGGGUGUGCAGCUAUCCUCAUUUAAGAGUGAAGAAAGCUGAAGGUUCUGUGUUCUAGCCCCUACCAGCCCAGCAGGGCUGCUGGCCUCUGAGGGAGCCAAGCCCCCUCCCCUAGGGCCGCGUCCCCCCGUCCCUGUCCCAGGGGAGUGAGCUCACGCAGAGGGAAUGUUCCCCAGUUGGAGUGAGUAAGAGGCGGGUCAGGCGAGGGGGGGCUGCAGGCCAGGGGCUCGACUGUCCUGGGCACUGUCUAGACAGAGGGCAGAGGCGGGAAGCCAGUGCAGGCCCACAGACCCUCACAUGCCGAGGGCCUGGCAUUUGAAGGGGCUGGGCAGGGUGCCAGUUCUCAGGCCUGGAGGCCAGGCGGGAGUUGGUGGUGGAGCACUGGGGUGCGGCUCAGAGGAGAAGAGUUCCCUACAUAGAAGAGCUCAGGCCACAACCGUGACUUUCUGCCCCUUCUUCCUGAGUACAGGGGUGGUGUGUGCUGGCUCCAGCAGGGCAAGGAGGCCACCUGCAGUCUGGUGCUGAAGACACAGGUCAGCCGGGAGGAGUGCUGCGCUUCCGGCAACAUCAACACAGCCUGGUCCAACUUCACCCACCCGGGCAAUAAAAUCAGCCUGCUAGGAUUCCUGGGCCUUGUCCACUGCCUACCAUGCAAAGAUUCUUGCGACGGAGUGGAGUGCGGCCCCGGCAAGGCGUGCCGCAUGUUGGGGGGCCGUCCACACUGCGAGUGCGUGUCCAACUGCGAGGGGGUUCCCGCGGGCUUCCAGGUCUGCGGCUCUGAUGGCGCCACCUACCGGGACGAAUGCGAACUGCGCACCGCGCGCUGUCGCGGACACCCAGACCUGCGCGUCAUGUACCGCGGCCGCUGCCAAAAGUCCUGCGCUCAGGUAGUGUGCCCGCGCCCCCAGUCGUGCCUUGUGGAUCAGACUGGCAGCGCACACUGCGUGGUGUGUCGCGCUGCACCCUGCCCAGUACCUCCCAACCCUGGCCAAGAACUCUGCGGCAACAACAACGUUACCUACAUCUCGUCGUGUCACUUGCGCCAGGCCACUUGCUUUCUGGGCCGUUCCAUUGGAGUUCGGCACCCGGGCAUCUGCACAGGUGGCCCCAAAGUACCAGCAGAGGAGGAAGAGAACUUCGUGUGAGCUGCAGCCACUGGGCCUGGUAUUUAAGGCCGUCCUGAUUUUUAUUUAUUAUUACAGAAAAUAUUCUAAUUUAUGUCACAUGGACAUUCCCCAAACCUAGCCUGGAACCACUUGGGGAUCCCCUAGGAUCCUGAGCACAUAUCACAGGAACUGAAGGAAGAUUUUGUAAGAGUUGGUAUAUGCCGUCACCGGGUACUGGGAUCCAAGUUAGCACCCCAGACACCUGCUGCCCAGGGAGGGCUGCUUCGUGGAGACCCCCUGAUUUGAUCUCCCCACCUGCUUUCUAGGCUGGCGCUAUCUCAGGCCACAGCUGACGGUAGUGUGUCCACCUCAAUUGGUGUUUGCAUGUGGCCGGUCUCAGACCAGAGCAGGCAGCAUCGGGUCAGAGAAACACUGGGUUCAUUCCUGUUCAGUCCACUUGGGGUGAGACCUGGUAGAAACAUUGGGUUGUGGCUGACUCGCAAGCCCAGGAGAACCUGUGGACACCAGGAUUCACUCUAGCACCAACUGCCCUGUUCCCUGGACACCCACAUUAGCUUUUACCCAGCCCCACUUGUCACCAAGCACAUGCUGUUUUGUCUCACCCAUCACCCUGACAGCUGCCACUGAAAAUUACCCACCCGUGCCUUCAGGGAAACCAAAGAGGGGAGUGAGAGUUCAGUAGGUAGAGUGCUUUCCAAGCAUUCACAACGUCCUGGGCUCUGUCCCCAGCACCACAUAAAACAGACAUGUUGACUCAGGCCUGUUAUCCCAGCACUUGGAAAGUAGAGGAAAGAGGAUCAGGAGUUCGAGUUCAUCUUUGGUUACACUGUGAGUUCAAGGCCAGCCUGAGCUACCUUAUCUUUGAAAAAAGAAAAAAAAAAAAAAACCCUUAAAAAGGAAGACAAGAUGUCAGACCACAACAGAAGACCCUGGGAAGGUGCACAGCCCUCCAGUUUGGGGGCAAGGAGUUCCCAGAGUCUUUCUUACCACUCUCCAGUUCUCAGCUGUGCCUUUCUUAUAAUGUUCCCCAAAGUGUCCUUAGCAGGAAGCUAUGGUAGUCUCUCCUAGCCUGGAGUUCUGCCUCACCAAGGAAAUAAAAGACAAUAGAAACCA